AUGUUGGUUGCUGGCGGCAGGAGAGUCCUAUAUGCGUGUGUGCUGCUGAUGCUUGUGGCGUUGCACAUGUGCCACACGUCCCAGGUUGAGGGGAUUCGUGUGUUUCCAGGAAAUGCAGUGCCCAACGUGAAAUUCAGCCAUGGCAAUAUGAAUAUUAGCAAUAAGAGGAAGGAGGAUCUGUUCAACAAGUACUUCAAUGGAAGGACUCAUCUUGGUCCCAGCAACACAACCCGAAAGGGCUUUGAUGAAACCAAAAGAAGAGUACCAAGUUGCCCAGAUCCUCUCCAUAAUUAA